CUCCCUCGGCGAGGGGCCAUGGAGUUCCCUGGGCACAGCGAGCAGCUUCUGCAGAGCCUUCGGGAUCAGCGCUCGCAGGGCUUCCUGUGCGACUGCACGGUGCUGGUGGGCAGCACCCCGUUCCAGGCGCACCGGGCCGUGCUGGCCUCGUGCAGCCCCUUCUUCCAACUCUUCUACAAGGAGCGGGAGCUGGACAAGCGCGACUUGGUGUGCAUCCACAACGAGAUCGUCACGGCGCCUGCCUUCGGGCUGCUGCUGGACUUCAUGUACGCAGGCCAGCUGGCCCUGCGCGGGGACACGCCGGUGGAGGACGUGCUGGCUGCUGCCAGCUACCUGCACAUGAAUGACAUCGUCAAGGUCUGCAAGCGGCGGCUGCAGGCCCGGGGCCUGGCCGAGGCUGACAGCACCAAGAAGGAGGAAGAGUCCCGGGCGCAGCCGACCACCCCGGAGCCACUGCCCAGCACUUCCCGCAGCCUCCUGCCCAUCCUUCCUCCGCAGGAGACGCCCAGUUGGAGGGACCAGAACCAGUGGAAAACACCUGCCCCUGCCCUGCCCUCAGGCCCCCACACCGAGGAGCCCCCGGGGCCGGAUGGUGCAGAUACCACCCAGCCUGGCAUAGACGCUCCUGUGGUGGAAGGCUCCCAUUCCAGCCCUAGUAGUUCCACAGAAACGGUGCCCACGGGCUACUUUUCCCCCAGUCUCGGGGCUGCCCCCGGGGAGCCCCCAGGGUCCCUGGAAGUGGGUCCUGAGAACUUAGGGGUAGCGGGCCCUCGAGGACCUAGUGGGCCCAUGGAUGGGUUCUACCCACCUCCACAGGUCCCAGUCCGGGCCCCAGCCCCAGGAGAGGCGGAGCCCGUGCAGGUGAAGGUGGAGGCCAUUGUCAUUUCCGAUGAGGAGCCAGAGGGGCCUGAAGAGCGGCCACGGGCAUCGGAGGGCCUCUUCCCCCCAGGGUCUGUGUGUAGGAGCCGCUAUGCCCCCGCCGAGGCAUUCGAAGAGGCCACAGUGGCAGCAGCCUCUGGGGCAGGAGGCCCAGGGCUCGAGGAGGUGGGGCCUGCUGACCACUUUCUGGCCCCUGAUUCCCACCUUCCCUACCACCUAUUAGCUGGCCCUGGGCACUAUCACCCAGGGCUGGUGACCCCGCCUCCCCCAGCACACAGCAGCCUGCAUGAGUCUCUCUAUUUGCCUCCCGAGUAUGAAGUGGCCCCGGGGGGCUUUGGGGUUUUCACAGAGGAUGUCCCAACGUGCAAGACAUGUGGGAAGACCUUCUCGUGCUCCUACACGCUGAGGCGCCACGCCACCGUGCACACGCGGGAGCGCCCCUACGAGUGCCGCUACUGCCUGCGCAGCUAUACGCAGUCGGGGGACCUGUACCGCCACAUCCGAAAGGCGCACAAUGAGGACCUGGCCAAACGCAGCAAGCAGGACCCCGAGGCUGCCCCCUCCUAGGUGUGCCCGCACCCCUGGCUCUCUGACUUCAGCCUGGGAAGUUGGGGGGCUCCCAAAGACCCUGGACCUGGCCCCGGGACUGUUGGGGGAGGGAGUCCUUCCCGAGAACAGUCCAUCCGCUGAGGGAAGGCAGGGAGGUCACUGCUGCUGCUGCUGCUGGGGUGCCCUUGUUCCUGGGAGGUGAGCAGGCAGCAUUCGUUUCAUCCUGCCCCACCCAGUGGUCCUGAGCCAAGGAGCUAGCUAGCUCCUACUGGGAUCUGCUCUCCCAUUUCUGUGGACUCUUCUACUUCCUCCCCCUGGUUCUGGAGGGAGGGAGGGAAGGAGGCAGGCCCGAUUCCUUGGCUUCUCUCCAGUCACAUAAUUUGCCCAGGACCUUGGCCUUCAGAACUCCCCUGAAGUUGUCACUCACCUCUCCAAGUACUGUCUUAUUGCCUGGGCCAUAAAUGUGGAAGUGA